CCAAUUUCUUUCUCUCUCUCCCAACAGACACUCACACACUCACCUUGCUCACCUGAACUCACGCGACACCCUAACCAAUUCACGCACACACACACACUACCAAAAACACGUGGCCAAGACCCCUAACGAAGAAGAGAAUACGCUCUACACUCACGAUUUCACUCACAAGAGUCACAGAGAACCCAGCUCUCGUACCCGUUCUUCGAUAUCGCUCUCGCGUUUGGGUUGCGCCUGGCCACCACCGCGUGUUCGUCUCAGCCGCCAGUGUUCGCCUCAGCCGCUGGGCUUUCCUCAUACGCAUUAUCUGCAAGCAAGCCAAACCCUCACCGGACAGAGCCCCUGCACCACUGGAUUUUCCGUUUCGUGUCAUAACCUUAGGUCGCAGCUGCUUUUUCCAUUUUCCAUCGAAGCCGGAGCAGCGACCCUUCCCUGGAAUCCCUAGGAUUCUUCGUCACACAGUUUACCACCACAGAAUGGGCAGGGAUAUAGAUGCAUAGAUAACAGGAGGAGUUGGAAUUCACGGAAGAACGCUAUGAAUCCCUGCACUAAUAUUGUGAACUCUGUUCAAGUUUCUUCUCCUUUGUUCAUCAAGUCUUUUAGAUCAGUUCCAUCGUUCAAAUGCUUCUGCAGGAGCUCAUCAGAUGAGAAGGGAAGUGACGAUGUGAAGGACGCACUGUAUGGGUUGGUUGACGAGCAAGUUCAAGAGCUAUUGAGCAGAAAAGAGAACAAGAUUUUGCUAGAUGGUUUAGAGAAGGCGUCGCAGCGGGUUGAGAUGGCUAAGAGAGAACUUGAAUUGAUCCAAAAACAAGAAUUAGCUGUCAAGCAGUUGAAGGAUUACGUCAACCAGCUGGAAGGCGAAGUUCUUGAGAUUGAAGAAUGUCAAAGAGACAUAUCAGAGGCAAAAGCCAUGGUGGAGAAAGCAGAGCACUCUCUAUUGGUAAAUAUGGGAGGUCCUGAAGGUGGCGGUACAUCCAUGGGGAUGAAAAGUGAAAAAUUUGAUCGAGAUGAAGAGAGAUGGGAGUCAGUAAAAGCAGCAUCAAUUUCUGCCCUUGUUGGUACCGUUUCAGGUCUCCCCAUAUGUUUGACUCAAGUCACCGACACAACUCAGCUGCUUCUCCCUUUGACAAUCAACUUCAUUAGUUGUGCAUUGUUCGGAGUGACUUUUCGUUACACUAUAAGGAGAAACUUGGAUGAUGUUCAACUUAAAACAGGAGUUGCAGCAGCUUUUGGUGUUGUUAAAGGUCUCGGAACCCUAAGUGGUGGACCACUCCUUGAGCCAAACUUUCAAAGCUUCUUAUCACAUGCCCAAGACGGAUCAAUUCAUGUCAGUGAGAAUCUCUUAAUUUUUGUUUCUGUUGCUGUUGCUUUAGAUUACUGUCUCAAGACAGGGCUUUUGAGCGCUUUUCCAAUUGAUUGAUCAUAACUUAAAUACGAAUUAUUUGUUCAAUUAUCAUAGCUUAGAUGGACAUUGAUCAAUGUGUUGGUAUAGUUUCAACUUAACAUAGUUCAUCCAUCCUAUCAAUAAACUCACUGAUAAUCUACUAAGAGAAGUGUUCCAUUUGCAGUCGAAUAUUGAUUCGCUUCCAUUGUUAACCUGUGACGCUUGCCUUUCUGAAUCAAUUAUGCAGUGACUGAUUUUUAAUCCAUUUGUAAUUAACUUGUUAAGUUAUUUCUUUUGGCUUUUA